AUGUCGGACGAUAUUCUCAAGUCUAUUCCCCUUCCUACGCUCGAUCGCCCCUUCGGCAUCGAGCUAUGGCCUAUCUUCGACAAGGCCUAUUCCGCAGUCCUUGGCUAUUCGCCGAUGGACUUCAAGUUUGAAUCCGGCAAGACACCCAUGUCAACAUUGCCAGAGACUGUGGUCGCCUUGAUCUCGUACUAUGUUAUUAUUUUUGGCGGAAGAGAAUUGAUGAAGCACCGCCAGCCAUUCACGCUCAACGGCGCUUUCAUGGUCCAUAACCUCUAUCUCACCAUCAUCAGCGGUUGUCUGUUGGUGCUGUUCGUUGAACAGCUGCUCCCUACUCUUGUGCGGGGUGGUGUCUUCCACGCCAUUUGCAGCUACGAUGGAGGUUGGACGCAAGAAUUGGUUGUACUCUACUAUUUGAACUACCUCACCAAAUAUCUCGAACUCAUUGACACGUUGUUUUUGGUCCUCAAGAAGAAGCCUCUGACCUUCCUCCACACCUAUCACCACGGUGCAACUGCGCUUCUCUGCUACACUCAGCUUAUUGGGCAUACUGCGGUGUCAUGGGUCCCUAUUACGCUGAACUUGAUGGUGCACGUGGUCAUGUACUGGUACUAUUUCCAAUCAGCUCGCGGUAUCAGAAUCUGGUGGAAAAAGUACAUCACCAUCAUGCAAAUCAUCCAAUUCGUCAUUGAUCUUGGUUUUGUUUACUUCGCGUCGUACACCUACUUCGCCAACUCCUACUUCUCCUGGCUGCCGAAUGCAGGCACCUGCGCAGGCGAGGAAUUUGCAGCUAUCGCCGGCCUUGUCAUUCUGAGCUCUUACUUGUUGCUCUUCAUCUCAUUCUACUUCGCAACCUACCGAAAGCAAGCCAUUCAAGGACGACCGAGAAGGAACACUGGCAGAGAAGCUUUGAUCGCUAUGAGGGAUCUUCCCCUUCCUGACCCACACAAGGUUCCAUCGGCGCUUGGAGAUGAGAAGAAGAGCAAUGGUGCCAUCACCACCGGCCGAUCGAAUGGUCCAACCACCCGAUCGCGAAAGGCUUAG